AUUCGUCUAAAUUUGAUAUCGAAUCUGGAUCACGUUAAUGAGGUAAUCGGUGUCGAGCAUCUCGCCAAUAGUCUUCUGCCGGCCAUCGUGCACCUCUCAAAGGACCCCAAAUGGCGUGUACGUUUGGCCAUUAUUCAGUACAUGCCUCUAUUGGCCGAUCAGCUUGGCGUUGCUUUCUUUUCAGUGGAUCAGUUGACAUUGCUCUGUCUCACCUGGCUGGUAGAUCAGGUGUAUGCGAUCAGAGAGGCGGCCGUUGAGAAUUUGGCCCGGCUGGCCAAAAAGUUUGGCAGCAGUUGGACCCAAGAAACAAUUCUUCCCAAGGUUCUUGCGCUUUCUCGACACGGUAACUACCUAUACAGAAUGAUCUGCUUGCAAAGCAUCAUCAGCCUUUCUGGCGUCCUCGACGCAGAGCUUUGUCAAAAUCAUCUGCUUCCGACCGCUUUGGCGAUGCAUAAUGACGGAGUCCCAAAUGUCCGCUUCAAGGUGAGCGCUAAACUUGUCUAG